AUGGAGGAGAAACCCUUUACAUGUCUUGAGUGUGGAAAGAGCUUCAGUUGGAGGAGCCAUCUGCUACUGCAUGAAAGGACUCACACUGGGGAGAAACCCUUUAAAUGUCUGGAGUGUGGACAGAGUUUCACUCAUAGUUCAGGCCUACGUUCACAUCAAAGGACUCACACUGGGGAGAAACCCUUUGAAUGUCUGGAGUGUGGACAGAGUUUCACUCAUAGUUCAGGCCUACGUUCACAUCAAAGGACUCACACUGGGGAGAAACCCUAUAAAUGCCAGGAGUGUGGACAGAGCUUCACUCAUAGUUCAGUUUUGCGUUCACAUCAAAGGACUCACACUGGGGAGAAACCCUAUAAAUGCCAGGAGUGUGGACAGAGCUUCACUCAAAAUUCAGUUCUGCGUUCACAUGAAAGGACUCACACUGGGGAGAAACCCUAUAAAUGCCUGGAGUGUGGACAGAGCUUUACUCAGAAUUCAGGCCUACGUACACAUCAGAGGACUCACACUGGGGAGCAACCCUUUGAAUGUCUGGAGUGCGGACAGAGUUUCACUCAUAGUUCAGGCCUACGUUCACAUCAAAGGACUCACACUGGGGAGAAACCCUACAAAUGCCUGGAGUGUGGACAGAGCUUCACUCAUAUUUCAGUUUUGCGUUCACAUCAAAGGACUCACACUGGGGAGAAACCCUAUAAGUGCCUGGAGUGUGGACAGAGCUUUACUCAGAAGGGACACUUACAUUCCCAUCAAAGGACUCACACUGGGGAGAAACCCUAUAAAUGCCUGGAGUGUGGACAGAGCUUCACUCAGAAUUCAGGCCUACGUACACAUCAAAGGACUCACACUGGGGAGGAACCCUAUACAUGCCUGGAGUGUGGACAGAGCUUCACUCAGAAUUCAGGCCUAUGUAAACAUCAAAGGACUCACACUGGGGAGAAACCCUAUAAAUGCCUGGAGUGUGGACAGAGCUUGACUCGUAGUUCAGGCCUACGUUCCCAUCAAAGGACUCACACUGGGGAGAAACCCUAUAAAUGCCUGGAGUGCGGGCAGAGCUUCACUCGUGGUUCAGGGCUACGUUCCCAUCAAAGGACUCACACUGGAGAGAAACCCUAUAAAUGUCUGGAGUGUGGACAGAGCUUCACUCAUAGUUCAGGCCUACGUUCACAUCAAAGGACUCACACUGGGGAGAAACUCUAUACAUGCCUGGAGUGUGGACAGAGCUUCACUUAUAGUUCAAAUCUAUGUAAACAUCAAAGGACUCACACUGGGGAGAAACCUUAUAAAUGCCUGGAGUGUGGACAGAGCUUUGCUCAGAGUGGAACUUUACGUUCACAUCAAAGGACUCACACUGGGGAGAAACCAUAGAAAUGCCUGGAGUGUGGACAGAGCUUUUCACGGAAUAGGGUUAUACAUCACAGAUUCAUAGAGGAGCCAGCUGCUACGGCAUGAAAGGACUCACACUGGGGAGAAACCCUAUAACUGCCUGGAGUGUGGACAGAGUUUCACUCAGAGUUCAGGCCUACGUUCACAUCAAAGGACUCACACUGGGGAGAAACCCUGUAAAUGCUUGGAGUGUGAACAGAGCUUCACUCAGAAUUCAGCUCUACGUUCACAUCAAAGGACUCACACUGGGGAGCAACUCUUGCACAUUUUGGAAAUUCAAGCUCAAAGUUGGGACAUUUCAUCACAUGUGGUGUAUUGUAGAAAGAUUGAACUAAAAUAUGUUCCAUUCUGGAAUUAAACAAAGUUAAAUGAAACUAGAGUUUUAUAUGCUGAGAAUGUUGGAUGAUCAAUUAGAAUGAAAGCAUGGGUAGUUACUGUGAGAUACUCAAGUAAGAAUUGACUGUACACAGGGAUGGAAGGAAUGUUUUAUUCCAAAGCAAAAACAAUGGCUUAUGAAGACCUGCAAAUUAGCCACAACGAACAAACUGACUACCACAACAUGGGCAAAUGUCAGUUGUAAUAGGUAUUAAUUGGAAGAGUGUUAUCAGAAAUAGAAGUGUUGUUAUAUUAUCUAAAGGGAGUAGAAUAAUGAGAUAUAAAAAUUAACAGAUAGAAUGAGGCUUUUAGGCACGUAUCCCUGUCUGUUUGUUAGUUCAGUUGUGUGUCUGUGUAGGUCACUGUUUUGCUAGUGUUUUAGUUUCUGAUUUAGUUUUGUAUCUCAUGUAGUAGUUUCAUGUUCAGUUGAAGCAUUAUAAAUUAUUUCUGCCUUUCUUGUAUUGUUACUUUUAAUUUUUUUAUUUUCAAAAAAUAGGGUGAUUUAUAAGGGUCAAAACGGCUGAAACUGGAGGGGUGGAUAUAAAUGGCUGACUAAUCGAUUUUCUGUAUUUGAAAACAAAUUGUAAUGCUUAGAACCGCUAUUAUGAAUUGUGAUGCAUGUUAACUAUAUAACUAUAUAAAAUUGAUUAUAGACAUAUAAUUGACACUGAAUCAGACAUGUAUACAAUAAAUUAGUCUUGAUUUAUCAAGGGUGUGUGUGUGUGUGUGUGUGUGUGUGUGUGUGUGUAAGGAACUGGAGUGCUUGUGAAGAACAGAAGAAACAGGCCUCAAAAGAAAAUGGAGUCCACGCAGAGUCUGACAUGGGAUGGACUUGGCGGGUGAAGCAAGGAAUCAGCAAGGCGUCUCUCACCUGGCAAGACGGAACGAGGGUCCAGGAAGGCCUAUCCGAAUAACCACGGGCAAUGAAGUGUGCAGCUGGCACCCCAUACGUCAUGCAGCCUGAGACUGAGCAUGUUUUGAAACCAGGCCGUAAGAACAGAAGGAACCGAAAGAAGGACGAAACUUUAGGCCAGGAGUCCUCAAACCUUUGAAGUGGAGGGCCGGUUCACGGUCCUUCAGACUAUUGGGGGGGCUGGACUAGGAUGAAAUAGUCCAAAAUUAGGAUUGUUGUUGUUGUGUGCAUUCGGAAUCUUCUAGAAAGCUCUUUUAGUACAAAAUGGCGGAAGCCCCGCCCACUUUCCCCAUAGAGUAUAUAUAGCCAGUGAGAGGGGCUACUGCCUCAGUUCCUUUUUUCCGCCGCUUCAAGCAGCAGCUAUGGAAUCUUUCUAUUCUUUGACUAGCCAGUUUUCUUUUCCUUUUCCUUUUAAUUUUUUAUUUAUUUUAAUCUUUUAAACUAUUUUUUACUUCAUAUCAGGCCAAUAUUGAUGUCUACCACCUUUUAAAGGUUGAUCAGCCUGUGGGGGAAAAGUUGCCUGAAAGAU